AUGUUGACAAACCGCCGAUCGACCAUGAUGGUCCCACCAAACCGGUUGCCAAGUUGGCACCCUCACUCAAAAGUCGCGGCACCACAAGUCGCGUCUCCAGCACCUCUCACAUCAGAAGCCGAAGCACCUCAAAGUCGCACUCAGGCUCUCCUUACAUCGACAUCGCCAACAUUGGCCGGCUACCGCAUCAUUAGCGCCAUCGGCGCAGUACACGGCACCACAUCGGUGACGCGCAAAGACACAAAAGCUUUCAUCAAGAACAUUGCCUCCAACUUCAGCAGUAGCUGGGGAGAGCCGAAGACGAUAACGAGCAUCAUAUACCAAGCCCGCGACCAGGCAAUUGAGAGGCUUAUCAACGAAGCAAUGAACAAGGGCGCCAAUGCUGUGGUGGGACUGGAAAUCAGGGAAAGCGAGGUACUUGGAUGUAUCGUCGUCAGUGUGAGCGGCACAGCAGCGUACGUUGAGAAGGAGAGUGCGACAAAGCGAGACAGUGCACAAGACGCGAACCCAUUCCGAUGA